AUGAGCGCAAUAGGGAAAUUAAUUUUUAAUAAAAUUUUUUUUUGUAAAUAAUUUUAAAAAAAAAAAAUAAAAAUAUUUGGAGCCAGAGAAAUUAGGCAAACAGCCUAAAAAGACAAUGGUCAUUGAGCCAUUUGACGACAUUCCUAAAGUCUCAGAAAACUUCGCUGAUGAUUCUUGGGUCAAAUUAGAAGAUGCUUUGAACGCAAUAAUUACAGCAUCUAGAACAAACAUUUCUAGAGAAGAACUCUAUAGGCUUGUCAAUAGCAUUUGUGUUCAGAAUCUCAAUGAAUGGCUUUAUGAGAGACUUGUACAGAAGCUUCAAGGCUGAAUAAGAGAAGAGAUCGUAAGACUUAAUGGAAUUCAAGGCUCAGACUUGGAUUUCUUAAAUCAAUUAUAAAAUUUUAUAGAAAUUCGAUCAUCAAUUAUUAAAAGAAAUUUUUAUUUUAAAUAAAAUUCAUCAGUUUCUAUAUAAAUAAAGCUAAUUAUUUAUAAUAAAAAAAAAUAGAUAACAAAUGGAGUGAUUUUACGUCCCAAGUAUCCACUAUAAGGCAAAUUUUUCUGUAUUUAGAAAGAGCUUAUAUGGUAAACCAAAAAGUGAAUAAAACCAUUACAGAUCUAGCCUAUAACAUUUUCAAAGCAAAUCUAAUAGAAAAUCAGCCGGUUUAUGCUAGAAUGAUCAAUGGAGCGUUAAGGAUGAUAUAUGAAGAAAGAAUGCAAGAAAUGGACCAUAGGAUUCUUCUUAAAAGAAUUAUUAUGAUUCUCCAAACUUUAGUUAUAUACAGAUUAGAUUUUGAACAAAAAUAUAUAGAAGAGACUGAUAAAUUUUACCAAGACGAAGGCUUAGACAAGAUAAACCAGCUCUCUGUGUCUGAUUAUUUAGCAUAUGUAGAAAAAAGGCUUAAAGACGAAUCUGAUAGGCUGAACCAUUAUUUAGAUAUAAGCACCUCUAAGCCGACAAUUCAGAAACUCGAAAUCAGACUUAUAAAAGAAAAAGCAGAAAUUGUCAUUGAAAAAGGACUAUUACAGCUUUUUGAAGCUUAUAAAGUACCAGAUUUACAAAGACUUUAUGUCUUGUUUAAGCGUGUAGAGUGCCACUCAUUGAUUGAGUCAGGCUUUGAAAAAGUUUUGCUAGGUAAAGGUAAUUCUAUAGUCCAAAACAAUGAAAAUAGAGAGUCUGUUAUAAAUGAGCUGCUUGAGCUUCAGUCAAAAGUUGAUAUUCUUUAUCAAAUUAAUAAAAAAUAAAACAUUUUUAUAUUUAUUAUAAAAAUAUUCAGUAUAAUGAAAAAUGUAAUACAAAGCCAAGCUUUUGAAAAUAAUUUGAAAAUUAAAUACGCUAAUAAAAGAGCAUGGGAGCAGUUUAUGAACUCAAAGCCUGACAUAGCCCAGCUGCUAGCUAAAGAUCUAGAUGAGCAUUUAAAUAAAAAUUCAAAAAUCAAGAUGCGUGACGAAGAAUUUUCAGCACAUUUUACAAGUAUUAUAGACUUAUUCAGACAUGUGACAGCUAAAGACAUUUUUGAAGCUUUUUAUUGCAAAAAAUUAGCGAAAAGGCUUUUACUAGAUUCAAGUAACCUUUACUUUUUAAAAAGGCAAAAAAAAAUUAUUACCUUAAUAAAUAGUAAAUUUGUUGAAUUAUACCAUAAAUCCAACGAAGCUGAAAAAUCAGUCAUUGCUCUCCUAAAAGCUGAAUGCGGAUCUACAUUUACAGCCCGUAUUCACAAUAUGUACAAAGAUAUGGAACUUUCCCACACCCUUAUGGAAUCCUUCAACCAAACUUAUGGAAGCCAAAUCGAGAGGACUGGUCUGAGCUUCCACGUUUGGACCUUAACUGGUUCAGUCUGACCUCAAGUUUCCCAAGUCAAAGCUAUUUUACCCCCAGACCUCAAAAGUAUCCAAGAUCUCUAUACAAAUUUCUAUACCACCAAUAUCAAAAAGAAAAUUUUAACUUGGCAAACCUCCAUGUCCCACUGCAAUUUAAAGGCAAAAUUCAACUCAGGAAUAAAAAACAUACAAGUUUCCCUUCAUCAAGCCUUAAUUCUUCUGCUAUUCAAUGACAAAAAUGUGUGUACAAUGGAGGACAUUAUGAGAGCUACUGGGCUUCCUGAAGAAGAAAUAAAGCGUGAAAUAAUCCCAAUAGUCUUCAAGCAUAAAAUUUUAUUAAAGAACCCUGCUGGAAAAGAUAUAAAUAAAACCCAUCAAUUUAGCUUAAACGAGAAUUUUUCAUCAAAAUUGAUGAGAAUUAAGGUAAAUUCUUUGCAAAUUAAAGAGACUGUGCAGGAAACUCAUGAAACUAUUGAAAAAGUGCUGAAUGAGAGACAGUAUAUAAUUGAUGCAGCUAUUGUGAGAAUUAUGAAGUCGAGGAAAAGAUUGACACAUACCCAGCUUAUUUCGGAAAGUUUGGCACAGCUGCCUUUUACACUGCAGCCUGUUGAUAUAAAGAAGAGGAUUGAGAAUUUGAUUGAAAGGGAUUAUUUGAGUAGAGAUGAAAAUGAUAGAUCAAUUUACAAUUAUACUAAACGGCUUUAAAUAGCUAUAAAAAGCUGUUUUUAAGCAACUAAAGGAUUUUGACAACUGAAACCUUUAAUUGGAUAGAGCUAUUUAAAGGAUUUUAGUAUACGUGAGCUAA